AUGGAGCUCUUCAACCCUCAAAAGUUGUUCCACGAAGAGGAAGGUCACUCUACUCCUCUCCGAGAAGAUCUUCAAAAAGUGAAUUUUCAGAAUUUUCAGAGACGCCCACCACAACGCGCGGCAACCCGUUCCCUCUCUGAGAGUCGAAGGGUUUCUUCACGGCGUGAUUUAUCGGCCCCACUUGAUCCGAGCAACGCAACUCGUCUCCUUGAAAGAACUCUUCGUCGUUCAGUGUCGCUUGAUCGUGCGCUCAAUCAACUUGGAUACGACGAUAGAGAGGGUGAUAUGUCGCGCCGAGAUGGUUAUCGUUCGCGCCCAUCUGAAUCCUUGUGUUCAGUUCGUGCAACAAGUUCUGUGGAUGCUCGAAGACGAAGAUCCACAUUUUCAGACUAUAGUCCCAAACCACCCAAAAUGAAGCAUGAAGGUCUAAAGCAUCAUCGUCAUUCCAAAAGAGAAAUUCGUUCUGAUGUUUUUAUUAAAAAUAAUCAAUUUGAUGAUCGAUCGCCAUCUUUAAAGAAACGACGUGAUAGUCCCACACUUCUAAGACGAGGAUCCUAUCCAUCAUCACCUCAUUACUCAUCAUCACCUCAUCAUUAUCCAUCAUCAGUUCAUUAUUCAUCAUCAUCAUCACCAUCAAUUCAUUAUUCAUCAUCAUCAUCACCAUCAAUUCAUCAUCCAUAUUCUCCAUCUUCUUCAAGUUCUGAAGGUGCUUAUUCUAGAAUUUCAAAUCAUUCUCAUAAAUCAAGUCAAUCAAUUGUUUCUGCAAGACUCUCAUCUGUUCAUUCUUAUCGUUCAACAAAAUCAGAUCAACGAAGGAAUCACAAAUUUGAUCCACAGACUUCUUUUAGAUCUCGCAAUGAUUCUCCUCUUCAUUCAUCUCGUGAACGUCAAAACUCUCUGGCUGAGCGCGUUUUUAUUUGA